GCGUCCCCGGCGUCCCCGGCGUCCCUGGGUCCGCAGGAGCCUACUCGCUCCUAAACCGCGCGUUCGGGUAUGCCCCGCUACGAGCUGGCUUUGAUCCUGAAAGCCAUGCAGCGGGGUUGGUACAGUAGGCUUCACUAGACUUAGCUGCAACUCAGAAUUUCUCCUCCAGCACCUGAGUAAAUGCUGAUGGUCUUUUGGAGAGUGGAUUAAGAGUACGAGCUAAGUUCUCAAUCCCAAUUAAGAAGCGGAGGAAAAUUUAAACUGUCUCCUUCAAAGUUUAUCACAACCACCACCAUCAAGACAGCAAACCAAAGGACAAAGACUUUGACCUGCUGUAUUGCUCUGUAGUCCAGUUCACGUAUGGUGUACAGACUUGGCUGGGGUGCUAAUAAGUAAAAAGUUGGACACUUCUGUCAUUGGAAACUUUUAUUCACAAAGUUACCGAAAUGAGGGCUGUGCUGGAGACAGCAGACAUUGCCAUAGUGGCUCUGUAUUUUAUCCUGGUCAUGUGCAUUGGUUUUUUUGCCAUGUGGAAAUCUAAUAGAAGCACCGUGAGUGGAUACUUCCUGGCGGGGCGCUCUAUGACCUGGGUAGCUAUUGGUGCCUCUCUAUUUGUGAGCAAUAUUGGGAGUGAGCACUUCAUUGGGCUGGCAGGAUCUGGAGCUGCGAGUGGAUUUGCAGUGGGCGCAUGGGAAUUCAAUGCCUUACUGCUUUUGCAACUUCUGGGAUGGGUUUUCAUCCCAAUAUACAUCCGGUCAGGGGUAUAUACCAUGCCUGAAUACUUGUCCAAGCGAUUUGGUGGCCAUAGGAUUCAGGUCUAUUUUGCAGCCUUGUCUCUGAUUCUAUAUAUCUUCACCAAACUCUCAGUGGAUCUGUAUUCGGGUGCCCUGUUUAUCCAGGAGUCUUUGGGUUGGAAUCUUUACGUGUCUGUCAUCCUGCUCAUUGGCAUGACUGCCUUGCUGACUGUCACCGGAGGCCUUGUUGCAGUGAUCUACACAGACACUCUGCAGGCUCUGCUCAUGAUUAUUGGCGCACUCACACUUAUGAUUAUUAGCAUAAUGGAGAUUGGUGGGUUUGAGGAAGUUAAGAGAAGGUACAUGUUGGCCUCACCCAAUGUCACCUCCAUCUUGUUGACAUACAACCUUUCCAACACAAAUUCUUGUAAUGUCAACCCUAAGGAAGAUGCCCUGAAAAUGUUGCGGAAUCCGACAGAUGAAGAUGUUCCUUGGCCUGGAUUUGUUCUUGGGCAGACCCCAGCUUCAGUAUGGUACUGGUGUGCUGACCAAGUCAUCGUGCAGAGGGUUCUAGCCGCCAAAAACAUUUCUCAUGCCAAAGGCUCUACUCUUAUGGCUGGCUUCUUGAAGCUUCUGCCAAUGUUUAUCAUAGUGGUCCCAGGAAUGAUCUCGAGGAUACUGUUUACUGAUGACAUAGCUUGCAUCAACCCAGAACACUGCAUGCAAGUGUGUGGAAGCAGAGCUGGGUGCUCCAACAUUGCCUACCCACGCCUGGUGAUGAAGCUGGUUCCUGUGGGCCUCCGGGGACUAAUGAUGGCAGUGAUGAUUGCAGCUCUAAUGAGUGACUUGGACUCUAUAUUUAACAGUGCCAGUACCAUAUUCACCCUUGAUGUGUACAAACUCAUCCGCAAGAGUGCAAGCUCCCGGGAACUAAUGAUUGUGGGGAGGAUAUUUGUGGCUUUUAUGGUGGUGAUCAGCAUUGCAUGGGUGCCAAUCAUUGUGGAGAUGCAAGGAGGCCAGAUGUACCUUUACAUUCAGGAGGUAGCAGAUUACCUGACACCCCCAGUUGCGGCCCUGUUCCUUCUGGCAAUUUUCUGGAAGCGCUGCAAUGAGCAAGGGGCUUUCUAUGGUGGAAUGGCUGGCUUUGUUCUUGGAGCAGUUCGUUUGACACUGGCCUUUACUUACCGUGCCCCAGAGUGUGACCAACCUGAUCACAGGCCAGGCUUCAUCAAAGACAUCCAUUACAUGUAUGUGGCCACGGCAUUGUUUUGGGUCACAGGACUCAUUACUGUAAUUGUUAGCCUUCUCACGCCACCUCCCACAAAGGAGCAGAUUCGCACUACCACCUUUUGGUCUAAGAAGAGCCUGGUGGUGAAGGAGAGCUGCUCCCUGAAAGAUGAACCAUAUAAAAUGCAAGAGAAGAACAUUCUGAGAUGCAGUGAGAAUAGUGAGGCCAUCAACCACGUCAUCCGCAGUGGGAAAUCUGAAGACAGCCUUAAGGGCCUUCAGCCUGAAGAUGUUAAUCUGUUGGUGACCUGCAGGGAGGAAGGGAACCCGGUGGCUUCCUUGGGUCAUUCAGAGGCAGAAACACCGGUAGAUGCUUAUUCCAAUGGGCAAGCAGCUCUCAUGGGUGAGAAAGAGAGAAAGAAAGAAGCAGAGGACGGCAGUCGAUACUGGAAGUUCAUAGACUGGUUUUGUGGCUUUAAAAGUAAGAGCCUCAGCAAGAGGAGUCUCAGAGACCUGAUGGAAGAGGAGGCUGUUUGUUUACAAAUGUUGGAAGAGACUCCACGAGUUAAACUCAUACUGAACAUUGGGCUUUUUGCUGUGUGUUCGCUUGGAAUUUUCAUGUUUGUUUAUUUUUCCUUAUGAACUUUUAAGGAUAUGGUGAGACACUAACUUAAGAAAAUACUGGUCUUUGAAAAAAAUUAUGUAACUAUUGCAUCUCUCAGGCAUUGUUUACUCUAUAGGUUUUAGCCAAAUUUUAUUUAGCAGAAAAUCAUCUAUGUGCAAGACUUUAUUUUCCCAGAGAUGGAUAAAAGUAAAUCUUCCUCAACUUAAAUGAAGCAAAACUUGUUUAGCAGACUGAAUUGUGCAAAUGUGGUUUAAAUUUUUCCAUACCAAAGUAAGGAGAGACCAACUAUUAGAACACCUAGAGCAGAAUAUAUGUUAUGAUAACACAAAUAGGUCUGCCUGCACUGCCAAGUCUUGGUAAACCUGCUAAUCCUAAAGUAGAAGACUUGCUCAUUACAAAGUUUUUUUUCCUCUGUCUCUGUAAUCCCUACUACCAUUAAAAACAAACAAACAGAUUUCUUAGACACUAUACAAUCUAUUAAUGUGCUGAAAAUCUAACAAAUGUGCUUGUGUGGUACUUGUUUCAGGGCAAGUUAAUUAGUUCGCCAGGUUCAUUUUGUUAGCAUGAGCCUUUACAUUCUGAUUGCCAAAAGAAAGGAAGAAUGUUUUCCUGUAGCUAUUCUUGUAUCAGCAAUCUGUGGAAUGUUGGGAAAAACUUUGUUCCAAUUUCUUUUUUUUCCCCUCCUUUGACUCGAGUUUGAGUGAACCAUACCAAAUGACCACCAAGUCUUUGUUGUCACAUUUUUUUGAAUAUGUUGUUAAAUGAUUAUAAGGGAGAAAAAGAAGUAAACGUUGUCAGUGAUCCUAAAUUUAUUGACCAAAAUAAAGUGGUUCAUACAGUUUGGGAAUUAGCAUCCCCCAAGCAGUGUUCGAUCAACUAAGCUAAACAGGUGAUUAUUCAUUCUCCACUAAUUCUCUCUAGCAUUGUUCUUGUCAUUUGGUAACAUCCUUUGUUAGCCAAGUGCCUUCCCAAGUGUAUCCAGUUGGAAGCUAUGUCCAGAAACUUGAAUAAAAAUUGACACUGCCUUUGUUCUGGGUUGCCCUCCUUGAUUAGGUCAUGACGUAUUGAGGUUGAGGGGAAAUUUAAUUCUGAGAUCAUAAUUGCAUCCUUGAAAUUUUUUUUUCCUAAUUUAUUUUUUUCUCAAACUUGCCAUGUGUACAAGUCUGUGAUAUCUACAUUCCUGUUUAAAGUUAUAUGACUUAGAGAAUAAGGAUGUUUCAGUGCAAACUGACUGUUAGUAACAAAAUGCAGAGUGCAUGCUUUACCAUUCAUUGAUAGAUUGUUAGGAUAGUCUUUGCUAUAGAUUGGGUAGCAUGUUCAAGAGGUGCCAUGAACAAAAAAUUUGGUUCUAGUAGUGCAUCCUGGGGAGGAUAUUACAGGACUUGGUAGAUAGAGGACCAGCUAUCUUGACUUGGUCCCCAGUUGCAGCUUAUAGGCCACCUCCCCAUAGCGAGAUAGGUUAUGAAAGAUACUAGAGAAAGGCUCUACAAAUUAUGUAGUUCUGUGUCUAUAUAUGCUCAGCAGUGUCCUUUGUCCUCCAUAAAUAAUGAAGGAAACUAAUUGUAUAUUGACUUUCUUUAAUCUAUGAUACUUUUUAAAUUGCAUGAUUUUAUUAAGCUUGUAAUUCUUUAGGGAAAAUUGUUACUUUUAUAGAUACUUUUGUAGAUUUUGAAUUUUAAACUCAGUCCUAAUGAUUUUAAAUUUGUCAUAGUCUGUAAAUGUUUCGUUAUGAUGGACUUCAUUAGUCCAAAGUUGGUUUUAGAAAUUAUACUAAGCAAAUGUCUUCCAUCUCCAGGAGACUUUCUGAUGAACUGAGUCUGUAGAUGAAAAUGAAUAGCAUGUGUUUCUGAAAAGCUUAUAGUGCCUUGUAGAAUUUUUAUCUUAAUUUUAUCCUUGAGGUUUAUAAUCUGGGGGCCAAAUAGAUAGGGACUAUCCUUUUCUUGUAUGGAGGCUGAGACGGUGAAAUGUCCAAGGUUACAAAGUCUGUUUGGAAAGAAUAAACCAGGUCUCCAAAUCUGGGCUCAGGGUUUGUCCAGUAGACCAUUCUUCCUCUUAGAUAACCUUUUGGUAUUUGGGGUAUAAGAUCUCGGAUUUUUCAAAUUUUUAAAUUACUAAUUUGUAUUACUUAAAAUUUUCUUUGACUCUCAGUACAUUGCUGUGUAAUUUGGCAGUGGGGAUUGGUGUAUUGCCUGGGUAGCCUUCCUACCCCUUCUAUUUACAGCAUAAACGAAUAGGGGGUGUUGAUGUGGAUAAUUUUUCCCCUUUAUUUAAUGUUGAGUCCUAAUAGUUUGGAAUAUUAGGAUCCCACUACCUUCUCUCUGCUGUUGUCUUAGUAAGAUACAUAAAAUACACCAUCUGUGUCUUUGUGUGUGUAUAUAGCAGUCGGUCAAGUUUUAGAGUACUCUUGUCUAUUAGUAAGGAAUGACUAUCAGCAUAUCCAUUAGGGUUGUUUAUUCUUGCCCAUAUAAACAUCACUUUAUUUAGGCUGAAGUCCCUGAAGCUUGUCCUUUUUCCUGCUUCCCAGUAAUAGAGAAUGUGCUUGAAUAAGUGUGUGAAUUGCUGAUUACAACUUCAUUUCAGGGGACCAAUCUUCAGUCUGUAUCUCAUUAGAAUGAUUGUUCCUGGAAUGAUGCAUAGUCUGUCUUAAGCUAGCAAAGUUUUCAUACUUUACACUAAUUAAAUGGGUCUUAAAUGAUGGCAUAUGAUCUCUAGAUGUUGACAUGUAUAUAUUCUUAUAUUAGCUCAAGCUAAGGUUCAUCUAAGAGUGAUACUGAGUCAGGUAGUUAGCCAAAAGUCAAAAUGAGGUGAGGACAUUGGUCUUCAAAGGUGGAGAAAAAUAUUUUCUCAUCAGCUGUUAAUGGUAUUGCCCGGUUCUUAAAUUUUUGUGCUCCCAGGCAAGCUUAGUCUCAAGCUGUGAUGAGAAGGACAGACUUACUACUCUGGUACCCAGAGAGAUUAUUGGCUCCUUUGUGGGGCCUCUAAUUUCCCUUUUCAUCUCUCAGAAUAUUCUGUCCUGCCACACCAGAUAGUAAGCAGCUUUGGAAACAGCUGAGCCAGUGUGUCCUUCCCCAGGCAGUCUCCCCUGCAGAGCUUAUCACUCUUUUUCCUUUAGGUUAGAGAAUCAUCAGGCAGUAGCAAUGGGUCUGUGUCCUUUGGCCUAAAUUCAAUAGAUCUUAUCUCCCAGACCUUCCUUUUCAUUUGGCUUUUGACACAGAGGCUGGGUAGGGUCAUGGAAGCCAUAGCUCUUAGAGAUGAGACCUUCAGAAAUUUGCAGGGACCUAUCUCUGUGAAAAUUCACAUCUUAAGUAUUGGAAGGGUUGUUAGUUCUCUAACCUGAGGCUAAGCGGGUGUAAAAAGUCAUGUCCUAGGCAAUUAGAGUUUUUAUUGCCACCUUCGUAGUCCAUUACUUUCUUCCCUAUCCUGGGUACAUAGUUCUUUCCUCUGUUUCUUUGAAUAUCAUUUAAUGUAGCCUGUGGGUUUUCAUCAGUCUUUACCCCUUAACACCCUCCCCCCCCUCCCCCAAGGAAACUGGCUAUAUCAUUAGCUGUUUAAAGGUCAGGUCCUUCAAUGUUCCCACUUGGCAGUAUUAGGCUUAUCUGCUUCCCUUAUACUUUACUCCCCUGAUAUGAUGGCUGGGAAGGGCCACAUGGAUAUCUAGUAGUCACACCUCCGCCAUUCCUUAGGUUUGGGUUGGGAGAAGAUGUCUACAAAACCAUCCGUGGUAGGUUAUGUGACUGUAGAGACUUGCCAAAACAAAGUUUUCCGAAGAUCAGAAAACUAUUAAGUGAGAUGUUGAGAAGUAGCUGGGUGAUGCAGACAUUAGCAAGUUGGUAAUGGACAGUUAUAUAUUAGCUUCAAAUCUGUUGACUUAGAAUCAUAUCCAUUGGAUUCUAGAACUUGAAGCAUCUUGGCUAUCAGUUUAAAUAAAAUAUAGAUUAGGGUACCAAUGAAUAAGAACCAGCCUGUUAGACCCUGUUUUGAUGUUCAAUACUGUGAAGUACUAAUUUAUUAACAUGUCUGAGGUUAAAUGACUGAUAUUUGAUAGUGAUAAUUUACUAGAAUAAAUGCUUUUAGGAUUCAGUAUUUAUAAGAUUUCUCAUUAGCCAGGUGUUAACUUGCUUAAGUUAUUUCAAUGUUGACAUUAGUCAGAGCAGGUUUUACAAAUAGGAUAUAUUUUAAUGUGUGUAUAACCACCUCCCAUUCAGAGAUACUGGUCUUUUCCUGCAUUUGUCUUCCCUCACAUUGUUUCUUUAAUUCUUUACCUAUUCUUUCUUUCAGUACUUACUAGAUUCCUACUUUGAUCCUUUGGCAGCUUAAUUCACUUUUAGGCUUUUUGCCAUGGUGUGUGAAAGUGCUGCUUUGCCCUCAGUGUUGAGGACUUAGAUCCAAAUAAUGUUUCAUUAAAUAAAGUUAUGUUUAAAUACACUUAAUUUCUAUUACCUUAAAAUAUUAAUUCUCAGGAAUGAUAUUGUUAGGCUUACUUAGUAUUGAAUAUUAAUAGAGGCACUAAUUCCACUGUUUUAUUCUCAGAAUUCCUUUUUCAGAAAUGACAGAGUGGAAUAGUUAAAAUUCACAAGUCCCUUUGAAAUGAUGGUAUCACAAUAAUGCAGAGAGGCAGUGGAGUUUGCUGAUUCCCAAAACACUUGCUCUUUCUAUAAAGAAAGGUAAAAUGUUAGAACUGGUUGGUUGACAUAUGGAGAAACUCUUUUGUACUUGUUAGAUAUGAGCUGGAUUGCCUAAGAAAAGUUAACUUUUGAGAGAUAGACUUGAUUGACUGAACUCCGGGCUGCAGACCCUGUUUCCUUCACUGUUUCCUUCAUUAAGGUCACCUCCCUUAAUUUGACAUGCUUUUCAUCAAACCCCACUCUGUUGGAAAACUGUAGCUGGUUCAGCCACUUUAGCUCUUAGGACAAAAUUUACCCAAGGUUCAAAGAAAUUAAUAAGCUUUGCCAGCACUGAGUCCUGCAACAUUAUUAAUUUAGUCACAUAAAUGUUUUUGUUUUUUUUUCUUUAAAGUUCUCGCUCCAGUGCUGGGGAUAAGGCUUUGAACUACUGAUUUACCUUUAAAGGAAUGUUGUGAGAAUUUGUGUUUUCUGUUUCCAUCUCUAAUCCUUUACAAAAGGUGGGGUUUAGUCUUUUGUUUUGGGGUAGCACCUCAUUUUUUCUGGUGGCCAAUAAGUUUAACAUACAGUUUUUUACUCAGAAAUUAACAAAACAGGUUUGAUGUGUCUGUAUCAUUGAUCUCAUGCACUUUACUUUUAAGAGUGGCUCAUACUCUGAGGCUGUUAACUUAAACCAAUAACCUUAUUCAUAGCAUUUUUGAGGAGAGGACUGCUAGAAUACAGUAGGUAGCUGAAGAGCAAGCCAAGACAAAGCACAGGGGUCUGGGUUUCUUCUUAGUGUAGGAACAUUGGUUUUGCCAUCCUGGGAAAAGCACUGUACCAACAUUGGUGCCCAAAAUAAUGACAACGCCCUCCACCCCUGCCACUGAGUUUAUGUUCAAGUGAACUCUGUCAAGGGAAAUGUAUGUUUUUCAACAAUGGCAAAAGUUGACAGUAGGUAUCCACAACCUCACUGGAGACAUAUUUAUCUUGGUAAAUUUACCUUGUUCCCUAGUGCUACUGGAUAAAGGAGUGUUAAAAAAGAAUUUUUAAUAUUUUUAUUGCUUUUGGACAAACCAUGAAUUUUUCAAUUUAUCAGUGUACCCUGGACUUCUGUACAUGGAAUAUUCCUUAAUAGCUCACUUUAAAAAUAAUUGGAAAUUGAUAUUAGGCUCAUUGCUGUUACUGAAAUCCCAAAUUGGCCAAGGCCCAUAAAUCAAGUAUUCCAUAAUAUAACAGUUCUGAAAUUUAUGUUUUGAUUAGUACCUUCUGGUUACCAAUAUUGACUGUACUAACUUCUACCUUUUCCUAUAUUGAUGAAAACUCUUGUUACUAUUCCCCUUUUAAAAUUUUUUAUAACUAAUGAAGUAAGUAAAAAAAUUUAUAUUGCAUAGUUUAUAUGCAACCUUUAUUUAGGUUCAAGGAAACCAUGUAGCUUUAUAUUUGUUGCAGCUUAAAUGUUAUUUAUUUGUCUGUAUUUGUUUCUUUCAUAGCCUUAAUUAAAUUUUUAAAGUUACUUGUAUUAAUUCUACGAGUACAUUUUAACUUUAUUGCUUGUCCAGUGCUGGUUUCAUAGACAUAUGUGAGAACAUAUAUGUGAUAGGGAAAAAGCUAACGCUCCAUAGAAAGCACAAAAUCGUGGUCACCCACGUAUGUAUCUUCACACAUAUGAAGCACAAGACAGUAUUCUCGGUGUCCCGCAAGUGCCAGUUUUAAAGCCCCCCAGAUGUUUGCCUUGGGGGUUGUGAUGAUGAGGACUGACCUCAGUAUUUAAAGACCUGAGCAGUGAGGUAUCUGACUACAUUUUGGGUCCUCAGUGAUAACUGUUUCAAUGUGAUAAUCUGAAUAAGUUUGUACAGCUUUGGUGGAGGGAGAGAAGACAAAUGUCAAGAAAUGUUGCAGUAUUUGGGGGUUACUGACUAAAAUGGGGUCUGUGGGCUCUUUCCCACAAUCUGGGACUAAAGAAACGGGGCACAUCUAGGUUUUUGUUGGAACAGUUUGUAGACAAACAACUGCUUCCAGCUGUAGAGCCACUGGAGUUGUUUUUAUCUUUGCAGGAAAUAUUACCUCCCAUCAAGAGUGCCCUAAAAUCAGUUUCACAUUUUAAUAGGACAAAUGCUACUGUCUUCAAUUUUUGUAUAGGUUUGUCCAUGAGAGAUGAAGUGGUUUUUAUUAUUUUCAUAUGCUUAUCUAAGCUUCACUUUAUUUAAUAAAGGAGAAUUUGAUCCAAGAAUUUGAACAGCAGCCUAAUUCUGAGCAACCCUGCCAGAUGAACUACUAUGCUUUCACAUAGGCUGUGAGAGUCUAAAGGAUUCUUUUACCUGGCCCUUUACCCUCUCCAAGACUAGAUGAGAUGAAAUCUGUGAAUUUGUGUGCAAAAGAAGAAAAUGUGUUUUCUUCCACUCAGCCUUGUCCUUGCCUUGUCUUUAUCAUACACUUCACUCUUUCACCUCUGAAAUAACCCAUGUUCAUCAAGAAUGAAUUAAAUAUAUCUUUCUCUUGGGUUUUGCCCUUAUGUCAAAAGAUAAAUCUUUCAGAAUGGGAGAGAACGGACUACCUUCAUUCCCACUCUCCUCUGUGUUGUGUAUUUGUCUUCUUAGGGAAAGACCUGGUCAACUCAUUAAUAUGUUCAGAAUGAAGAUUAUAGCAGGUUGAGACCCCUGUGACAUGUGAUACUUGGAGGGAGAGCUCUCCCCAGCAAAAAGCUAGCCAGUUAUGUACCUGCAGCAUUCCUUUAGAAUGUUAAACCUCGGGUUUGGGAGAUGAGGGGGAGAGGAGUACCAGAAAUGCAGGAAAAAGAAGUUUGAGGAAUGUUCUUGGCUUAGCAGUAUGUGAUAAUGCGAAGCAAUUAUAACCUGUUAAUCCUAUAUAUCAUGUGUUCUAUACCUUUAAAUGUUAAUAGUUUGCAAGAACUUUAAGAAAGAAUGCUUUUAAAUGUUCCUUUGACAUCUUUUAUUUCAUUGAAAACUGCUUUAAUUAGCCUAGGUGAAAAUAGUCCUAGCAAUGUAAAUAUGUAUAAUUAGUAUUUUCGAAUUUCACUGUGAGAUCUCUAACUUUUGAAUUGGCAAACAGAUCAACAAAUCUUUUGCUCAUGGACUUUUCUGUGGGGUUGUUAAAAUGCAAAAGCUUUAUUAUUAUUUUUUAAUAAUGACAUACUACAUUAGUGUCAGGUGAUGGUGUGGAAUCGGUUCUGCUUUCCCCCAUCAUCGCCGCUUCAGUUUAUCGAUUGCCAACAGAGGUCAGAAAGUCGGGAUCAACCCAGCCUUUGCUUGGAGAUCUGUUUCUGCCUCCCUGCUUGUGUUGGUAAUCAUGUAUGAACUGUGUGCUUCCCAGUGCUUUUUUUUUUUUUUUGAAUGAGGUGGAUAUCAAAUAGUUGCUGUGCAAAAAGUUAGUAGUCUUCUUUAAGAAGAAAAACAAUUCCUUUUCUAAUAUCCUGUGAAAUUGCUUCAUUCAUUCCUUUAUUUUUAAGCCAAAUGUCAGCAGAAUACUGCUGCUUUUAUCUAGUAAUUUUGAUAUGUAAGUAUUAAUGCAUUUUUUAAAGAUGUCUAUGUUAGAAAUGUUUUUUCCAGUGGCCUGCCUAUUGUUUUGUUCAGAUUUUCUGUAAAAGGCCAGUCAAUACACUGAAGAUGUGUAUUGUGUACAAGUAUCAUUUGAGUCAGUUAUGCAUUGUAGACCAAAUGUGAUUAUAAAUUAAGUUGUUGAAAAUUAAAAACUGAUUUUGUUAUUGGUGAGUUUUUUGAAUUGUAAAUUGAUUUCCAGUUUAACUUCCAUUGCCCACAGCUUUUUUUUUUUUUUUUUAAGUUGGAUUGAGUCCAUCUCAUUGUACAAUGUUUUUAGUUGCAAGCAGAAAAUAGAAUUUGGUAUGAACCAGGUUACUUCCGUAUUGAAAGGAAUAGAGUGAAAUUGUAGAUUUAGGAUUGUUAACCAUUCAUGACAAUUCUAACUUGACUAUUCUAACCUAUUGUAUACAAUCUGAUUUUCAAAAUUGUUGACAUGUAUGAUCUUGGUUUAAUGUGUUUUUAAAGUGUUAUUGUUGUUUAAAAAAUGAAGCAAAUUUGCUAAAGAGCUGUCAGUUUUCAUUACUGGCCCAGUGUAAAAUACACUGAUCUUUGUGUAUUGUGUGUUAUUUUGCCAGCUGCUGCAUUAGCCUUCAAAAGUAUUUGAAAACUUGAGAUGAACUACAUUUCUUGCAAAGUACAUUCCUUUCUGUGGUAUUUUGUCCUGUAACUGAAGUAUAGUAAUUAUUUUAUGGAAAUGUUAGCACUUCUGUACCAACUUUGAAUAAAAUGAAAAAUUUA